AUCUUAAUGAGUAAUGAUCCCUACUAAUGACCAUUUCCGAAACUUACUGAUAUUAUGAAUCUCUAAACUAUAAGUAACUAAAAUAUUUAUAACAAGCUUAUUAGAAAAUACAAAGCCAAUCCUUACACCAAGAGAAACAUCUAAUAAUCAUGGUAUUGAAGGAUCAAUAGCGAAAUAAUUUAAUUAUUAACAUAAAUGAGAUUUUAUCAACAAAAAUGAUGAUAUAGAAGGUGCAAGAUCAAAGUCAAAUAUACGUCCUUCUAAUAGGCAUGAUUUACAGUUAACUAUAGAUGACAUUAAAGGUUCUAGACCAAAAAUUGUUAAAUUUUAAACAUCACGUUAACCACUUAAUCCUCUCAAACCAUAAUAUAAACUACCUACUUAUAUGGCCUCUUAACCACAUUAACCUAAAUUCAUUAGAGAUGGCCAUAAUAUUUAAGAUAUUCAAGGAGCUUAACCUAAAUAAACACAUAAGAAAAUCAUUAUAAAAGAUUCAGAACAUGAAGACAUAUAUGGAUCUCAUCAAAUCCCUAAAUUUAUUCCUAAAGGUAUUAAAUUACAUAUUCUUUAGAUAAAAUUGAAUCCCUCUUUGUUAAAGAUAUUAAUGAUUACUUAUUACAUAAAACUACUAUCAACAUUAUGAUGAUAAAGGGUAU